CUCGCGCGCGCGCGCAUCUCGGGUGAUCGUGCUUCACGCUUCUCCGCGACGAUCGUUCAGCGUCGUGUGGCUGUACUACUCGUAUCUGUGCGCUCGUGUAGAGGAUAACGCGCAGGGGAGAGAGAGAAGCGAGUUACGGGCGACGCGCUGCAAGCCCUACUCAGUAGGCGAGCGAGUCUGGCCGCGAACACAUCGUUUUACGCACGCAUAAGUAUACGACAUCGAGGUCGAGGGACGAAUCGUCGCCAGCAUGCGUUUCCUUGUCGCCGCUGCUUUGGCCAUCGCCGGCUGCUGCUGCUUUAUCGACAUCGCCGAGGCCAGAGCGCAGAGGUUUCACGAGAAGACGCGCUUUGAUCGAUCGGUAGACAAUGAAUACUACCAAGACACCAACACUCACGUGGUGGUCUACAAGAAGCCGAGAAUCUUCACCGACACAGCCACGCACUACACCGCCUACCGAGACGGAGCCCUGAGCGUUUGUUAUCUAGACAAGCUAAAGGGCAACGAAGCCGACGACACCAGGCUCUGGAGAGAAGUGAUUCGGAACAACAAGCACACCAUCUUCGCUUCCGAUCGCUCGCUGACCAAAAUCGAGGCCUGGCGUCUGGCGGGUGGGCGUAUAGUGGAGUUCUGCCACGGUAUGACCUUCAUUCUUCUCCAAAACACCAAACCCACGUCCGAAACCGCUGACGAUCCCUUCUACAACGAGCUUCCGGAAGAUGAGAACGACAUCGUCCAGAAACGCGUCGCUGAUGUAGUGCUCAGACCUCUGAAGGUCCGCGCCAAACGCCAGACUAUUAUGGAGGAACGCGAAAGGCUGAACCAGCAAGAAUUUGCGAGGAGGAAACGAGAGGCUGGACCGUACAGGGGUGCUGGUCGAUUCAGGGGUCAGACGCAGUCGCAGUAUCUGAACGUUGGCAAUGAUGGACAGAAGGAAGGAAAGGCUGAGGCCGAAGCGACCCAGCAUGCGUCCAGGGCUGUCGUUAGUUACUGAGAUACCUCGCACUCCCUAAACAAAACUAACAAUAACCAAAUGUAUCACUAUUAAAUAAACGUGGAAGCAGUGGAAUGGGCCAAGCUCAGAGUAUGUCAUCUGGUGCCGACGGAUGCGACGGAUGUCUCGGAUACGAUAGAUUAGUGCCACCAGCCAUACCAGGUAUCAUCGAAUCUCAACCUGGUCUUUCAACAGGUGUGAUGGGCAAUUCAGUCUGAAAAUUCUUACCAUGCCUCUAUUAAUUGAAUUAAUGUACGCUUGACUCAUUCCAUCCGAACGUACUAACGACUCAACAUUACGCAAUGCGCGUACAUGAUGAUUGGAUUGUACGUCGCUCAUAAUAAUUAUGCACGUCACUAAUACUUACAGCAUCUAUAUAAAUGAUGCCCAGCGCAGUACUUUUUAUAUUUUUUAAUAUACAUUUGUAGCAAAGAUGAAUUUAUCUAGAAUAAAAGCUAUUGAGCAUAA